AAACAAACAGUGUUGAUGUGGUUUUGAGAUUUGUGCUAGUAAAAUUAUAGCAAUUAUUAUAUUUGUAAAUUGUUAUGGAAGCAGACGUGGGAGAUGGUGGUAGUGCAAGUAAAGGCAUAGUGGAGAAAAACGAAGAAACGGAGGGAGAUUGUGAAUCAAAAAUGACUGUGGUGUUUAGAAAACCUGUGUUUAUAGGACCGCGUAGAGGAAAAAGCGCUGGUAAACUCAAAGGGGGGAAAAAUGCAGACAACACGUUAUCACAAUCUACGAAAGAUUCUGAGAACACUGUAGAAAAUAAUUUAAGUGCUCAGUUAAACUCCACAUCUGAAACUACGAACCAGAAGAAAUCUGAUAAACUUUCUCCUGCUCAAAAAAUCACAGAGCAAGUUGUGCCACUUCCUUACAAAGAACCCAAAUGGAGUGGAUUGCCAAAAGCGUAUUACAAAUUUGAAGUCCUCAAAUGUGGGAAAAUAAUAGAGACCUUGGAGCUCAUUUCCAAGCCAUUUUUUGUGUUUGGCAAGUUAAGCUCUUGUGAUGUAAUUCUUGCCCAUCCGACAAUAUCAAGGUAUCAUGCAGUGUUACAGUUCAGGAAAGAAAAGGAUGAUGAAAACCAAGUUGGGUUUUAUGUUUAUGAUUUGAAUAGCACACAUGGAACAUUUGUAAACAAGUACAGAAUAAUUCCUAAUAAAUAUGUUCGAUUACAGGUGGGCCACCUGCUGAAGUUUGGCUGCAGCAGCCGCAUGUUCAUCCUGCACGGCCCGGAGGAGGACGCCGAGCCGGAGAGCGACCUCUCCUUCACGGAGCUGAGGCGGAGGCGAGCUCUGGAGCAGGCGGCGGCUCGGGCCGAGCCCCUGCCCCGGCCGGAGCCCGAGCCGGACGGCAUCGACUGGGGCCUCGGCGAGGACGCGGAUGAAGAAACUGACCUCACGGAGAACCCCUUCGCGGCCACGAACAACGAGGACCUGUUCAUCGACGAUCCCAAGAAGGCGUUGCGAGGCUGGUUCGAGAGGGAGGGCUAUGACCUGGAGUACCACGUGGAGGAGAAGGGAUUUGGACAGUUCCUUUGUAGAGUUGAGCUGCCGGUCGACACUGCUGCCAACGGCAUCAUGCGCGCUGAGGUCAUACACAAGGGCAAGAAGAAGGAAGCGGUGGUGCAGUGCGCCCUGGAGGCCUGCCGCAUUCUCGACCGCCACGGGCUGCUGAGGCAGGCCACUCACGAGAGCAGAAGACGAAAAGUGAAGAACUGGGAGGAUAAUGACUUUUAUGACAGUGACGAAGAUACGUUCUUCGAUCGAACUGGAGUCGUGGAGAAGAAACGCAGUCGCCGAAUGCAGGCUGCCGGGAAGGAUGUCGUGGAAGUCGAGACCUACGAUUCAUUGAGCAAGAAACGCACCGACCUGGUAGCCAAGUUGGAUUCGAUAGAGAAGAUGUUGAGCAGUGCGAGCAAACCCCCUGCAGCCGAGGAUGAGGACGACGAUCCCUUGGACAAGUACAUCACGACCAUGUGCGUGGCGGCCAUCAACCAGAAGGAGCUGAAGCGCAAACUGAAAAGUCUGAAAGCAGAGGAGAAGAGAUUGCGCAGCCUCUUGGAGAUCGCAAAGCCUACAAAUGUAACACUGCCAUCGUCAUCUGGAAGCACUAGCUAGGUGUAAAACACUGCCUAGAACUCGGGACGAGUGCUGAGUUGGAACGGCUGCAGGCUGAGGUGUCACGUACUUGUACAUUAACGAGAACGUGAACCAGCUGCUGCAGCUAAACCACUUCCUUCAUGAGCAGUAUGCAGCCAGCAUCUGUAGCCACUCCACGUCCUUCAUGAGCAGUACGCAAGACAGCUGCUGUAGCCAUACCACCUCCUUCAUGAGCAGUACGCAAGACAGCUGCUGUAGCCAUACCACCUCCUUCAUGAGCAGUACGCAAGACAG